CAAGAGCAAUUAUUAGUUUUAACUAGUAUGCUAUCAAAAAUAAUCAAAGCAAAUCAAAAUUCUUCAUUUAGAAAAUGUAACAAAACUCAUGAAUUAGACAGAGAAAUUGACCAGAAAUUUUGGCAAAAGCAUUUUAUUACAAAAUUAGCAAAUGAUUGUAAUUAUAUUCCAAUUCCAUUUGAAACAUUAAAAGCUUUUCUAUCCUAUCCAAUCACAUUAAACAACUACAAUAUAAAAAUAAGAUUAAAUCCAGACAAAAUGAAAACAUUGGUGGGUUGGACUCUCGAAAGCCCUGACAGAAUGCUAAGUUACCUUAAACAGAAACACGAUCUUAAUACUUCUUUCUCCUAUUUAAAAGGCUUAUUGAAUCUAAAAGUGGCUAGGAACUCUCAUAUUUCUACCACGAAUAAAUGCAACCUUUCAUACCCAAAUGGCUAUUUGAUCCUCUACAAUCCUACCAAUAAUUCUGAUGGCAGUGCAAAUCGUUUGCUUCAUAUCGAAUCCCCCGAGCCUAAUAUGCCCGAAUCUCAUUACUUAGAACAUCAUUUAAAGACGUUCAUAUUACGAGACUAUCUUUCAGUCACGUCAUCAUCAACCUUUUCAGAUGUAGCAAGAUGGCGGCUUUGGAGAUACGUACCGGAAGUAAAGUGCUCCCCGAGCAGACAAUUGCUUGCAUAUAUAUCGGGUAUUCUCGGUAUUUCGGGUUUGCUCGCUAAUACAUACACCUCAGUUUUACCCUUUCUUCCCUUACCUCUCAACGACCUUCUUUCCCUUGCCAAUUUGGUUUUUACUCUCAAAAUUCUCACCUUAGAUAGGCUUGCCGGUAUAUUAGCUUUUCUUUCCAGCCGAGUAACGUGGACCAACCAUGUGGAAGGAUGCAAAAUGGUGGCCGAACAAUUGGAUAUUUCUCCUUUGGAGAAAGAUACUAGCAACCAAAAUCCGAGUUUAUACGAAGAUGAAAGCUUGAUUUUGAGCAAACUUUUGGUCAAAUGUGUACAACAGCGAUUGAACGAAAGUCUUCUUUUAUAUAUCCACGUUUUGAACGCGACUCAAAGUGAAAAAAAAGAAAGUUACACGACAAUUUUAGAUGACAAGCUUUACAUAUCUCAAGCCACUGUUGAGUCUCAAAUCCAAAACUGGCUAGAUGAUCAAAUAUUAGUUAAACCCGAUAAUCAUCAAUCUUCCGAUAGUCCUUCCUUAAUUGAAUUUGAUAGCGAUCAUUUUGCCCUCAAAUUUUUGGAAUCCUUAGGAAUUUUGGAGACUAAACCAGAGUAUUUACACAACGAUAAUAAAGUCACGAGCCAGGAGAAUUUAAAAUUUCGUAAAGUUGAGAUCAAUUAUUUAAGAGCUAUACCAAUAUCAGAUGCCAUAAAAAUUGUAUCUCAACAAACGUAGGAUU